AUGUUAGUUGUUGUAGGCAUUGCUAUAUAUAUCACCAACUUUCCAGUUACUCGCUUACAGUCAAUACUCACAGAGACGUAUGUAUCAGUACACCUGAACAUUGAAGCGAUACAGAGUUACCUUACGUUGGUGAUAUUUCUUAUAACAUUUGUAAUAAGUGUCAUAGGUAUUACAGGAUGUAUGAAAACAAGUUUAGUUUUAUUAAAAUGGGAAUUGGUCUUAAGUUGUUUGAUGUUCAUUUGUGAUUCUGGCUUUUUGGCAUUUGCAAAUUUAUAUUUCUAUAACAGAUUAUCUGAUAUAUCAGAUCAAUGGAUAGAAAAGUUAUCAAUGACAUUAUUUAGCCUCCCAAAUACCACAGAUGACUUUUUGCAAGUGAUGGCGGAUAUUGAAAGCACCCUACUGUGUUGCGGAGUAACGAACUCAUUUGAUUAUGAAUUUUAUGCAGAUUUUUUUGGUGAAGAUCUUUACCCAAAGUCGUGUUGCUAUGAUCCUACUCACCUCUCAUAUGACUGUUCUUCUAAACACCCUCCAAGAUCCCGCCCUGGUUGUUAUGAAGUUUUUUCAAAACUCAAAAAAAACCAGGUGACAUUGCUCAUAGAGAUAAUUUUGGCCCUGAUUUCUUUACAAGUAAUCAUAAUACUUUGUACUUUUAAGAUUGUUAAGGAUAUCAAAGCGAAUAUGGGCAUAAGGGAAUGCUCUACAUCAACUUACUGCAUCGACUAA